AUGCCUGAAGUAGCUUCUCAAGAAGCUUCAUAUGUGAAAGCGCAAGAAUUGGAGAAGAUCAUUUUAUCUUCAAGCGGUGAAAGUGAUGUAGACGAAGGAGAUGCCAGCAGAAGCCUGCAUCAGCAAGAUGAUGAAGAAGAAGAAGAAGAAGAAGAAGAAGAGGAGACUGUUCGACUGUCAGUUUGUUCUGAUGGCUGCUUAGCCAGUUCCAGUUCCAGUUCCAGAUGUUUUAAGAGGGGAAGUAAACCUUUCCAAAAUAGAGAUGGGCUAUUCAGUCCUGUUGAAAGCCAAGGAGAGAAAUCAAAGGGGAAGAGUCGACAGCUGACCACUGCAUGGUUCUAUAAGGCUCUGCCUAAUGGCGAAAAAAUUCUUAGAACAUGGAUGGUGUACUCUCCAUCAAAACAAAGUUUGUUUUGUUUUUGCUGCAGACUUUUUGCUGUUGAUGACAAAGUAACAGGGGCACCCAGUUUUGUUACUGGGUUUCAAUUGUGGUGGAAGCUGAACCCAAAGGUUUCUGAUCAUGAGAGUUCUGAGCAGAAUCUUACAUGCUUGGAGAAAUGGAAGACCUUGAGAGCAGGAUUAAAGCUACAAAAAUGCCUUGAUCAUGUCCAUCAAACAACAGUGGACAGAGAGAAAAGGAAAUGGAGGGAUAUUUUGCAUCGCCUGCACAUAGAGAAUUACUGUGGCUGA